GCGCGUUGCACCCUGGGAGUUGUAGUCUCCUGCUUCUCAGACCAACGACAACCUCAGUGUGUGAAUUCCGUUAACCAGAAGACCUCGCACAGCCGCCGCCGAAGCUGGAAUUCCUCAGUUAAUCGUUCUCGCCCGCAAUUAGCGGAAUCUGUUGGCGUGGCCCACAAGGCUUAGCGGGGCUGCACGAGGAUCGUUGCUAAGCAAGGGGAACUUCGGUCAACUGCCACCUUGGCUACGGCCACAGGAACCCUCAGAUUCGUUGCUACCCCGAAGCCCCCGCCAUGCCUCACAUAGACAACGACGUCAAACUGGACUUCAAGGACGUCUUGCUGAGGCCCAAACGCAGUACCCUUAAGUCUCGAAGUGAGGUGGAUCUCACAAGAUCCUUUUCAUUUCGCAACUCAAAGCAGAUGUACACUGGGAUCCCCAUCAUUGCUGCCAAUAUGGACACUGUGGGCACCUUUGAAAUGGCCAAGGUCCUCUGUAAGUUCUCCCUCUUCACUGCUGUUCACAAACACUAUAGCCUGGAGCAGUGGAAAGAGUUUGCCGGCCAGAAUCCUGACUGUCUUGAGCAUCUGGCUGCCAGCUCAGGCACAGGCUCUUCUGACUUUGAGCAGCUAGAACAGAUCCUGGAAGGUAUUCCCCAGGUGAAAUAUAUAUGCCUGGACGUGGCAAAUGGCUACUCUGAACACUUCGUUGAAUUUGUAAAGGAUGUACGGAAACGCUUCCCUGGACACACCAUCAUGGCAGGGAAUGUGGUAACAGGAGAGAUGGUGGAAGAGCUGAUCCUCUCUGGUGCUGACAUCAUCAAAGUGGGAAUUGGACCAGGCUCUGUGUGUACCACCCGGAAGAAAACUGGAGUCGGGUAUCCACAGCUUAGUGCAGUGAUGGAGUGUGCAGAUGCUGCUCAUGGCCUCAAAGGCCACAUCAUUUCAGUAAGGUCCAAGGGGAGAGCAGGGUAUGAGGCUGCCAAACAUCUGGGUUUUCUACUGGGUAUGGAAGCUCUGAUAGAGGUGGAUCAGGACUCCUGGGUUCCUGUCAGCUUUGAGGUGGACUGUUGGGACACUGCUGAGAGGGCUUGGGAAAUCCAUGCUGUUUCUUCACGUUGCUUCUUACUUUGCAGGAUGGAGGCUGCAGCUCUCCUGGGGAUGUGGCCAAGGCUUUCGGGGGCAGGGGCUGACUUUGUGAUGCUGGGUGGCAUGCUGGCUGGGCACAGUGAGUCAGGUGGUGAGCUCGUCGAGAGGGAUGGCAAAAAAUACAAGCUCUUCUACGGAAUGAGUUCUGAAACAGCCAUGAAGAAGUAUGCCGGGGGCGUUGCUGAGUACAGGGCCUCAGAGGGAAAGACGGUGGAGGUGCCCUUCAAAGGGGAUGUGGAACAUACCAUCCGAGACAUACUUGGAGGCAUCCGUUCCACAUGUACGUACGUAGGAGCAGCUAAGCUGAAGGAGCUGAGUCGGAGAACUACCUUCAUCCGUGUCACCCAGCAGGUGAAUCCAAGCUUCAGUGUUGUGAGCUAGGUCUGAGCAGUUCUGCCCUCCCAAGGCACCAGCAUCAAACUACAGGGCCUCCCACGUGGGCCCCUCACCCAUCCCAGCUGCUGUGACUGUUAUGUGAUCAUCUCACUCCUGAGAGCUCCUGCAAUAAUGUGUCUAUCUGCAUCCACAAAACGCACUCGCUAGGGAGGAAGCAAGGAAGGCAGGCUGAGAAAAUGAAGUUGAUAAUCAAAUGGGAAUCUGGAGACUCAGCUUCUGAAGAUUACUAAAAGAAAAAGAUAGUGAUUCAUACAGUACAUAAAUGUUUUAGAUAUGGCCAUGGUCUUAAGAGGUAGGCUUUCAGAAUCAUGCUUUGCUAAUCAGCUUCAUUAAAUGCAAUCUUUGAAUAUCUAAAAA